AUGUUAGCCCGACAUGGCGUAAGAGUGCACACCCCUCACUCUCGCCUCUUCACCACCACCACCCGCCGCUCAGCCGACUUCACCCACGCCGUCAUCGGAGGCGGCGCAGUCGGCCUAGCAAUCGCCCGCAGACUGCAGCAAGUCGAUGGCGCGCAGGUGGUGCUGAUUGAGAAGCAUGGCAUGGUGGGCAGCGAGACGAGCAGUCGCAAUUCAGAGGUGAUUCAUGCCGGUAUAUACUACGGGCACGACACGCUCAAGACGAAGCUGUGCAUUGAGGGGAAACAGAUGAUGUACGAGCUGUGUGAGAAGUACCGCAUACCGCACAUGAACUGCGGCAAGUGGGUUGUAGCGCAGACGGAGGAGCAGCUAGCUGCGCUGCAAGGCGUGCACGAUUUCGCGAAGAGUAUCGAUGUUCCGAUUCGCUUCAUUUCCAAGGAUGAAGCGCAGAGCCGGGAGCCUGAGGUUCGAGCUGAGGCGGGCGCGCUGGAAAGUCCGAGUACGGGGAUUGUGGACAGCCAUUCGUAUAUGCAGUUUUUGCAGGGCGACUUUGAGGAAGCCGGGGGCAUCACGGCUCUUGGGAGUCCGGUGUCGAUGAUCAGGAGUCCUAGCAAGUCACAACCGGACUGGAGGAUAUGGACGGCGCCGCCCGGAUCGACGAGUCCAGUGCCAGAAUCUCCCUCACCGCAGAGCCCUGGUCCCAAUGCAUCACACGACGACAACGACACCUUCAUCACAGCCGAGACAUUGAUCAACAGCGCAGGCCUAUACGCAUGCGGAAUCAACAACAUGAUCCUCCCGCCCGACCGACACCGCACCCCCUUCUACGCCAAAGGCACCUACUACUCCUACUCUAAAUCCCACCCCAAACCCUCCACCCUCAUCUACCCCGCCCCGAUCCCCGGGCACGGCGGCCUAGGCACGCAUCUCACCCUUGACAUGGGCGGGCGUGUGCGCUUCGGCCCUGAUGUGGAAUGGAUUGAGUCGCCCGUCGACCUUGCGCCAAAUGCCAAUAGCGAGCGCUUCCGGGCUGCUCUGGAGGAUAUCAAGUCUUAUCUGCCUGGCCUGGAUGUUGACAGCGUGGCGUUGGAUUACUGUGGCAUUCGACCCAAGCUGGGCAAGUCUGGAGCGCAGAAUACGGGUAAGGGGGACUUUAUCGACUUUUACAUCAAGAAGGAAGAAGGGGUGCAAGGGUUUGUGAACCUGCUGGGGAUCGAAAGCCCGGGGUUGACGAGCAGUCUCGCCAUCGCUGAGCACGUGUAUGCACUUCUAUACAAAUGA